AUGAAGUUGAAUAAAUCUAAUCUACCAUUUAUUCCCACUGUGUUUAAUAUUGAGGAUGAGGUCAACUAUUUGAGCAGAAAAUAAUAAAUUAAGAAAAGUGCAUAUAAACUUUAAGAUCAGUAUUUAUAUUAUAAAAGUAAAAAUGUAAGCAGUGAAUAUAUAGUUAGGAAAAAAUAGUUUGGAUUAGCAAUGAAAAUGCUAUUAUUGAGUUGAUAUCUGAUUCUGAAUUAAGUAGGGGAGUUCGUUUAACAAACUGUUUUGAUAAAGAUGAAUUUUUCGGCAAUGCUAAUAAUUGGUAUAAAUUAUGA